UUAUGCGAUUUGGUUUGAUCCCUUAGCGAUUGUGUGAAGUGCCCAUCAGAGGAAAACAGAAGUGACUAUCGUGUAUGAAGGUGUCGCUUUUCGAUAUAUUUGAGAGAGUAUCGUGUCAGUUGACAAAUAAUCUUUCAGCAAUUGAAACAAGUGAUCGUGACAUUACAAUAGAUAUUCGAGUGUAAAAAAACGACUAGGCUUAUUUACAUUCAGGUUCCGGGAACCUGAGUGUAGUUAAAUUUUACUGCAGAACGCGAUCACAAUAGUCGUCACGGUGUACGACAACGGACUAAAGCUGCGUUCGGACGAGACAAUGCCGGGCUUCAGCUCGGCAUCGCCCUGGCCAACGCUUGAACUAGAAUGGGGCCGGAAGUUAUAUCCAUCUUCGGUGCCACGCGGGGCAGGUGGAAUGAUGUUUGGCCUUCCACCGACCGGGGCGGACAUGAAUCAACCCCGCGGCCCGAUGACAUCACUUAAGGAGGAACCCCUUGGAGCCCGUGCCUGGAUGCAACCACCCGUUGAUACCUCAAAUCUGGGGAUUGGCCGGGCGCACUUCGAGAAGCAACCCCCGAGCAAUCUGCGGAAGUCCAAUUUCUUCCACUUUGUGGUGGCGUUGUACGACCGGGCCGGACAGCCGAUCGAAAUCGAACGGACGGCAUUCAUCGGGUUCAUCGAGAAGGAUCAGGAGUCUGAUAGCACAAAGACGAAUAAUGGCAUCCAGUAUCGAUUACAGCUUUUGUACGCAAACGGUGCUCGCCAGGAACAGGAUAUCUUCGUGCGGCUCAUCGAUUCGGUAACGAAGCAGGCAAUUGUCUACGAAGGCCAGGACAAGAAUCCGGAAAUGUGCAGGGUGCUACUAACGCACGAAGUGAUGUGCAGCCGAUGCUGCGACAAGAAGAGCUGUGGUAAUCGCAACGAAACACCGUCAGAUCCUGUGAUUAUAGACCGAUUUUUCCUUAAAUUCUUCCUCAAGUGCAACCAGAACUGCUUGAAGAAUGCCGGCAAUCCACGGGACAUGCGACGGUUUCAACAGGUAGUGAUAGCGACCCAGGUCGCGGUGGACGGCCCCCUGCUGGCGAUAUCCGACAACAUGUUCGUGCACAACAACAGCAAGCACGGACGCCGGGCGAAACGGCUCGAUCCCGAAGGUACGGGAAGUUCUCCGCUGGCCAUUUCGGGCCAUCCGCUGGCCCCGGACAGUACGUACGACGGCAUCUAUCCACCACUACCAAUGGCAACCCCCUGUAUCAAGGCGAUCAGCCCCAGCGAAGGUUGGACGACCGGCGGUGCGCAGGUAAUCAUCGUAGGCGAUAACUUCUUCGAUGGGCUACAGGUGGUUUUCGGCACCAUGUUGGUGUGGAGUGAGUUGAUAACGUCGCACGCAAUCCGGGUACAGACUCCUCCUCGACAUAUACCGGGCGUAGUGGAAGUCACGCUGUCCUACAAGAGCAAACAAUUCUGCAAGGGAUCACCGGGUCGAUUUGUGUAUGUCUCUUUAAGUGAACCAACCAUCGACUAUGGUUUCCAACGGUUACAGAAGCUAAUUCCACGGCAUCCAGGCGAUCCGGAGAAACUCCCCAAGGAGAUUAUCCUUAAACGAGCAGCAGACCUCGCGGAAGCUCUCUACUCUAUGCCCCGCUCUCCGAAUGGUUCCUCCGGUUUCAAUUCCUACAGCGGACAGUUAGCUGUGAGCGUUCAAGACGGCACAGGACAAUGGGCAGAAGCCGAUGAAUACACUCGGGCCCAGAGCAGCAGCGUGAGUCCCCGGGGAGGAUACUGUAGCAGCGCAUCGACUCCACAUUCCUCUGGCGGAGGCUCGUACGGCAGUAGCAAUGGUUAUGCAACGGCAUCCAACAUGAGCGGGUUAACGUCUUCGCCUGCCAGUGUCUUCAACUCCUCGUCAAUUACAUCGUCUCCAAACCUGUGGCACUCACAGCUCGUCCCAUCCCACGGUUACGGGGCCACGGCUGGUUCGCAUCAAUUUUGGCAUGCUUCGUCAUCGUCUGUAGCGACAGCGGUUUAAGAGCAAAAAUCUCCAAUCAAUCUUUGCUGUUAGUAACUCGAAUUCCGAUACAGCGCCAUCGUUCCUAUCAAUCCCUCACCGAUUCGGUAAUUAUCCACAGGAAUCAACGGACUGAUGAGUGGCGGCAGUGGCUUCAGUCCAUACUCAAUGACCGCGUGUGGGUCCCAAGGUUACACACCAAGCCCUCUGGCAGCAGCCACUACAACGUCAAAGUAAAGCUAAGUCAACGUGAUUGAAAAGAUAUUCAUCGUUAUUUGUUAUUAUACAAAAGUUUUCCCUGUAAGAUACUCAACUCCUUGAUAUUUAGUUUUGCCAUCUAUUUAUUACCCACCUCUUACCCUCUUUUCGGUUCAAAGUGCAAUAUAUAAUAAAGACCUGCAGUGAUCGUUCUGUGAGGCCAUUGUACAUUUGUAAAUAGUCAGUUAUUUUAAAUAAUAAUCAAAGCGAAGGAAACUUUAUAGUUGAAAUUUUGCGAUUUCUAAUGAAAUAAAAUCAACGAAGUAACUUAAAUAAAGAUAGCAAAAAUACACUACUCCGCACAUAUCUUGAGAAACAAAAAAACGAACAUUUCAUCCAAUCAUAUCUACAUGUGUCAGUAAGAGUUAUUAAACCAAACAACGUUAAAUUAAACAAAUAGUUGUUACUCUAAAUCAGCCACUCAAAAUGCCAAUCUUCAAAACAACCAAAAUAAAUUUCAGAAAAAAAGGAAAAAUAUUGCUGCAAUCAAAGGAUUUACAUAGCAGACGUUAUAUUUGUAUACGAUAACACGAGAUACAGCCAUUGCCAGCACAAUAACAUUAUCUUAUUAAUGCGUUUCGUUACCCUUUCACUUUAUUUUAAACUUGCAUUUUUGCGAUACCCUUUGGAAAACACUUUUUCGCUGCCCUACUUGAAAAUUCAAAGCUUUACGAUAAAUGCGACAUAACUUUCAAAUGAUAGCUUUUAUUAAAGAUUGUUUUUAUUUUGUUUCAAUUAUCCAAUAUCUUAUUUUAUGUAUCAAAUAAGUUCUACAAAAAACUGUAAUGCAGGAUAUUCGACUUAAGAUUUCUAACAAUGUCUGCUACUAAAACCACUUUACUACAGGAUAUCCACAAAUAAUUUUCGUUUAGCAAAAGGUGAACAAGCUUGUUCAAAAGUUAAAAUUGUGCAGCAAUUAAACAAAUCGAAGAAUCGAAAUCAAGCGAAUUCAUUAGUAUAUUUAUAAAAAGAACAAAAGCAAAAGAAGAAUGAUCUUAUUAGGAAAUUAAUCAAUUUUAUGGAUCAAAAUAACCAUGAAAGCGAUAGCCACAUUUCGCUACGCCCCGAGUAUAUAUGUAGAUAUAGAAAAAGCGAGGAUAGAAAUCUUCUAAGAGAACCAGUGGCAAUUCAAACGCAAAUAACAAAGGUAUGAAGAGGCAACAACCAAAAUUCAGAUCAAAUAAAUAUUGGUGUGAACAAUCAA